AGAAGGAAAGCAACCAUGGAAGACCUAGGGGAAAACACCACGGUUUUAUCCACCCUGAGAUAUUUGAACAACUUCAUCUCUGUGUGUGGGGGGAGGAUCUGGACUGGAUAUUCCCACCUCGGCCCCAGGUUCUCUGCAGAUGCAGUACCAGCAGAGCAUGCAGUUGGAGGAAAGAGCAGAGCAGAUCCGUUCCAAGUCCCACCUCAUCCAGGUAGAGCGGGAGAAGAUGCAGAUGGAGCUGAGUCACAAGAGGGCUCGAGUGGAGCUGGAGAGAGCGGCCAGCACCAGUGCCAGGAACUAUGAGCGCGAGGUUGACCGCAACCAGGAGCUCCUGACGCGCAUCCGGCAGCUUCAGGAGAGUGAGGCCGGGGCGGAGGAGAAGAUGCAGGAGCAGCUGGAGCGCAGCAGGCAGUGUCAGCAGAGCCUGGACGCUACCAGCAAGAGGCUGCGUGAGAAAGAGGACAGCCUGGCCCAGGCCGGCGAGGUGAGUGGGGCCUCUGCUGGGCUGGGUCCGCCCUCCUGAAGCCCUGUUCCCGAG